CACAGUGCCCAGCGCUCCACUAAUGGGUGAAGGCGGGAACGAGCGUCUGCGCAGACCACACCCCCGUAGCGGCAGAGGGAGACGACGGUUGGCUGUCAACGUCACGUGAGCCGGCGUGCGGCUGUCAACGGCCGCCGCAGCUUGUGUUGUUGUUAUGCUGGAUAAUGGGGGGGAAGCGAGGGACGGGUCACGUGACGCGGUGGGGACGGCGGGGAGGAGCGAGGGACGAGCCUCUAACGUUCCUGCGGGACACGUGACCCCCCCUCCCGCCUCCGCUGAGUGACGUCUCCCGCUCUGCGCCCACUCCGGCUGCUGCCAACGGAGAACCGCGGACCGGACACAUCGCGCAGGACAGUAAAAAUGCAGCAUGAGUGGAAGACCUCACCCACGUACAUAUCCCCCAAUAAAGGCCCCAGGAUAGCGGCAUAGAUACCUACAGCAUCUCCCACCAGCAGGCAGCCCUGUGGCGUCAUAUCCCAGCUGGCGAAUUCUCUCCGACGGCAUACUGACACUUUGCUGAGGCGAUGGCUGUUGUAAGCUGAACACAGAGGCGUAUCUGGGGGGGGGGGGAGCAUGGCUGAGUCUCGGAGGCUGCAACUUCCCUGUAUCCCUUCAUCGGCUCCUUUACACCCUUCCGCCCCAAAGAGGGCUGUGAACGACGAUCAGGACCCAGAGUCACCCGUGGCUGCCACGGUCCGCAUUGCUGUGUCCCUCUUUGAGCCAGAUCAGAAGCGCUGCCCAGAGUUCUGCUACCCAGAAUUGUUAAAGAACCUGCAAGGAAACAGCAAGAAGAGGCCACCCGGGGAGAAGCCUCAAAAGAAACCUUCCAACCUCUUUAACUAUGAAGAAGCGGAGAUGAAGGAGGUCGCAGAUUUAGCGCAUAAGUUUGAAGAGAAAUAUGGGAACAAGAGGAUGUGCAGGGACCGCGUGCAAGACAUGAUCGACAUGGGCUAUGGGUACGAUGAGUCCGACUCCUUCAUUGACAACUCCGAGGCAUAUGAUGAACUUGUACCGGCCUCCCUGACCACCAAGUACGGAGGAUUUUAUAUCAACUCGGGAACACUGCAGUUCAGGCAGGCAUCAGAAUCAGAGGAUGAACUUGUCAAAAAGAAGAAAAAGAAAUCUCCUAAGAAAAUGAAGGAGCGAGGAGACAAAGUGAAGAAGAGAAAAAGAGAGGAGGACAGAAAAGGCAAGAAAAGCAAGCACCCAAAGCUGGGUUUUGCAGCUCUGAACGGUACAAAGGACAAAAAGAAGAAAAAAUACCCCAUGCCUUUAAGAGAGAUGCUGGAAAAAUUUAAAAGAGAGAAAGAGGCUGAAAAAAACAAAUUGCAAGCUUCUACCACCCCAACGCCCCCAGCCCCACCACCUACACCUCCGCAGGAAGCCAAGCCGCCUCCUGAACCUUUACCAUCCACCGUGGUGUCCGAGACUGCAGCCAAGCCGAUGAACUCGCUGAGCCCAAAAGACGCAGAGAAAGGGGCCAACAUUCCAGCCGGGAGAGGUGGCGGCUGUCCAGUUGGGGAGACACUCGGUCAGGAACUUAUCCCAGAGGGACUGCCGCCUCCUCUGGAAAAGCAGAUCAAGGAGCUCACAAAGACUGUCCGUAUGUCAGAAGGUGACAAGAAUAUAUUAUUUACCCAGGAAGUGAACACUGCUUUACUAGACAUUUGCCUUCUGACCCGGGAUCUCAGCUCCGCACUGCGUGCUGCCGUCUUCAACCACCUGUCCUCGGUUCUCCCCUGCAGUAAAGAUACCCUGAUGAAAUGGGCCACCCGCCUCUACCUACAGAAACAGGGCGGGCGACUGCAGGAGCCGUUACAGAAGCUGCGGGAGGCUGUGGCGAAGGCUAUGCCAGAACAGGUCAACAAGUACCACGAAGAGUGCAAAGUCCACAACAGGGCAAAGUACGCCAAGAUACUGGCAGAAGACAAGGAGAAGGAGCAGAAGAUGCUUUCCGAGGAGGAGGAGGAAGAGGACAAGAGCAGCAAGAAAGCAGCUGGCCCACGGAAAAAGUUUCAGUGGAAUGAUGAGAUCAGCCGCUUUCCCUGCACCCUAUGCUGUCUCUGCAGGCAGCUCCUGUGCCACCUAGUGCGUGUAAAGGUGGAGUUGUGUGAAAAGGAGGGGAGCUGUGUGCCAAGCCUGGAGGAUUAUUUCAAAACCUUUCUGGAUGUGGAGGUGAAACCCCUGUGGCCCCGGGGCUGGAUGCAGGCCCGGACUCUGUAUAAAGAGAGCAGACGUUUGUACCCACAGCUGAGCUCCGUGAUGGCAAAGAACAAAGCACCAACCCCUCCAAAAGCAAAGGAGUCUUCUAACAAGCCUGAUAAAAAUGUCUCUCCCAGCCCCGUGGAGACGUCGGGCGCUGCGGUCACCACUCCUGUUUCAGCCAAAGACAGUUUAGUUCCUUCCUCUGGAGGAUCUCCGGUGUCUACCUACACCCAGGAUAACUCUCUGGAUGGAGAUCUGAUCCUCCAUCCGCCUUCCCUGGAUGCCGUGUCGGAGCACCUGACCGCCCUGGCUACCCGAACAUCUGGCAUCUCCUUUGACUUUACUGCCCCCAAAUCAGCGCCUGCUGCCGAGAAAACAACAGUAGUGGAGGACAGAAAGAAGCCAUGUCCUUCUGUAUCUGUAGCCACCAGUUCCCAGCCACCCCCACCACUACGAGCAGUGUUUGUGGAACAGCCUUCAGUUUUAGGCCUGGAGAAGAAGUUGCCAGCUCACAGCCCGAAGCCUAUGCCUGAAGUCAGGCAUAAGCAGGUGCCUCAAUACCCACAUGGGCUGAUAAAGACUUCCCAGAUCACAAGUCCAUCUCUUCAGCCCUCUGUGAAGCUCUACCAAAUGGACACCCAAUACAGCAAGGGGAGCAUAACACAUACUAUUCAAAGUGGGGGUCCCAAAGUGCCCACACCCUCACCUACGCAACGGCCUAUUGCCCCCCAAACCAAAUCUUCUAAACCACAGGUGUUAACCCCUCCAGCAUCUUCUGCAGGCAGCAAACACAAGUCCAUAAUAUCCCCAAGUUUUGUCGGCAAGCACCCCAGCAAUGGCGGUACUGUCACGGCACAAGUCUACAGACCACCGGUGCCAAGACUGGCGGUUCCUCUGCACAGUAACUCAGGGAAUAAUGCAGCCUCUCUGAACCCAUCUCUCAAUCGUAAUCCCAUCACCAUUCCUGCCAAGAAGCACCCUCACAAUCCUCACAGGCUGACCCUGAUGGCACCACAAGACUCUGGGGGGUUUGGAGUGGCCAAACUGCUCACUUCCUCCAUUGUCACGGGAGGAACCCCCGUGCCCCCUCCCAAUUCCCAAAAAGGCAGCACAGGAUCCGGACUACUCAACAGCUCCCCUUCACUGAUCGUGGUGACUCCCUCUUACAAACCCAAUGGUGGGAAGCUCCCUGGAACCUUGGACCUCCUGUCCUCUAUGCACUCUCUUCCUCUGCACGUCUCAUCCUACACCAACGUUCCCACCCCAAAGACUGCAAAUUCAAAAGAUGCUGUCGUCACCGGACCAGCCCCAGGCACUUUUAACCACGGAUUGCAACGGAAUCUCCUCGUGAGUGGUCUGCGUGCAAAUACAGGUCAUCAUUCCAGCCAGAUUGCCCACCCAGCCCUGUCCGGACACAUGCAGCCAGCACAGACGGAUGGUGCACAGGUCCACGGGAAAGGAAGUAUCCCCCCUCAAAGGAAGCUUUAACUGAAGUCGCUGACCGCAACCAUAAGAAGAUAUGGACGAAGCGGCUGGGGCACUGGAUAUUCCAGGAGCGCCUGUAACGCAGCUGGUCCUAGCUUUCCUACACAGGCACUUAUUUUUUACAACACUGCAGUGAUAUUUGCAACUUUUCUAUUUGCAUAAAGGACACGACUGUAGUGUUUUGUUUUUUGCAUGGUCAUUUUGGUGCUUGCUGUCCCACCGAAACUUUUUGUUAAGUGUCUCCUAAUCCUGAGCUCUGCCCUCACUUUUUGUUCUGUGAUUGCCUCUAUAACUCCUCUUGCUUCCACAUCUCUAGACGUAUGUGAUCUACCCACCCGUUUUUGUUUUUUUUAUUUAUUUUACUUUUUUUACCAUAAUUUGAUGGCCAGUGUUUUCAGACCGAACUUUGAUUUGCGUUUGGUGGGAGACUAAGCAUCCACGUGUAAAUGCUGCUGCCCUAAACACAAGGGUCUCCUCCUGGCUGACCAGUGGAUAUAAGCUACUCUUUAAUAUUAUGCACCAUUACUUUUCAUCAGGCCUACAUGGAAAGACGAAUGAGCCACUUAGAUGACAAAUAGCAGCUUGCCGUAUGUAAGGCUCAAGCAGAUGUCACUUACCAAUGAGAAAUGACUUGACAAAAAGUGCAAAGGAUUCUGGGAAGAUGGGAUCAAUGGCUCAGGUCUUCCAUAUGACAAUCGAAGAAUAAUGUUUAUAUGAUUUUGUUGAUGGGGCGACAGGGGGAUGACAUCGCACUAAAUUAUGCCAGAGGUCCGCACUUCUAAAUUGGCCCCUGGCACUCUGUGGUAUGCAGUAGAUAGUUUUGACAACUUUUUCACAUUUCUUAACGUUUGCAAAGCACUUAGAAAACGUAGGGCUCUUUUUCUAGUAGAAUGUAUGCUGACCAUGUAUUUUACCAAGACCAACAAAGUAACUUUAUAUUUUAAAAAGCUCAAAAGCAAUGAGACCAGCGUCUCUGGGGUCUACAGAUCCUUGGUCACUACUAGUUGCGAGAUUCUAGAACAUAGCAAUUUUUGGCAGGUUUGGGAUUAAUCCUGAUUUUAGUAUUGAUUAAAAAAAGGAAAAUAGGAUAUUUUAAUCAAUCUGAGCUACUUUCUUGAAGUUUUGCUAGAUUUUAUUUGUACAUUCCUGCUGCUGGCUUGCUGGACGUCUCGUUAUGGAGCGAGUGUUGGUGCUUUCCCUCUGCAUAAUAAUGACAUUGUACGUGUGGUGGCACAGUACAUUUUUAUAGCACUUUGUAGCAGUUUUUGAUAUUUAUUUUAAUUUGUUGUAUCUUUGGGUGGCGGGAGAUGGACUGUGCCAGACGGUGUCACCGCGGUGAGGUUCAUGGUCAGAGGUGCACCCUGCACUCUCCCUGCCGCCUCGCGCCAUGAUGUGAGGUCAUCCAGCCGUGAUGUAAUCUAGCACUCAGAAAUGGCUUAAUACUCUGCACAUUCCCAGCUGUAAGAACUGAAAAUCUUCUGAAUAAAUCCACAUUUCAUUUUUAAUAAACCGUACGAGAGUCA